AACUUUCCGUGGGCGUGUGGUAUAUAUAAACCCCACAAAAAGGCGCUACUCUCAACAAUCGAUUUCGCUGGCGGAAAGAAUUUUCCAAUUCAUUUCUUCAUUUUCAAAUAUUGAAUCGACGAUCUUCUUAUGGAAAUUGAGAGAGAUCAAGGUUCAGAACCCUUGCUCCCGAUUCCUGUUUCCACCAGCUCGAAUUCAACCCUAGACCAUGGGGAUUCUACUUCAAGUUCCUACAGCUGGCUUUUCCAGUGCCAUGGAUUUUGGUACAAACUGUUUCUGAUUCUUCCUAGUCUUCUUUUCGUUCUCUACUUGGCAUUUCGAGCCAAAAAGAGUUUGUCCAAGCUCUCCAAUGGUCGUUCUUAUAUCAUUGUUGCGUAUUAUGGGACUCUUUGGAUUGUCACCUUGCUUAACUUCGCUUGGUGCUUGUUUCAGGGGUGGGAGUGCACCUCUGGAAAAGAAUUAGCAUGGAAUGUCCUGUCCUUAGCCACGACAUCUGGAAUGCUAUUCUUGGAAGUGAGUUUGUUGGCGUUUUUAUUUCAAGGAAAUCAUGUGGGCAGUGUAGAAGCACUUGCACGAACUUUCAUCGUGUCAGGAAUUUUUGUUGGCCUGGACUUGGUUUUGAAGGCAAUUUAUUUGUUUGGGUUUGGAGUUCCAUUAUUCAUAUUAAGUGACGACAGUACACAUCGAACAAAGUGGAACUUGUGGGUAGUCCACCGUCUGUUGAUUACUGCAGCUUAUGGUUUUAUAUUGUUCAUGUACCAUUCAAGCCAUAGAGAGAAAUUACCAGCAAGACCUGCUUUCUACAGAUACGUAGUUAUCAUGUCCUCUUUGAACGCAUUGGCACUGUUUGCUUGUGGGCUCGCUGGAAGUGGAGCUGGUUUUGGUUAUUGGUUGUAUGGUGCCACUCUCAUCUGUUAUCAUGCCUUCUAUCUUCCCCUUCUAUACGAAAAUUUUCUUGCCGACUUCUUCCAGGAGGACGAUUUGCAUUUGGAGAAUGUAUACUAUUCGGAGAUGAAGGACGCUGGUUUCUUUGACACCGAUUGGGAGUGAGGAUGGCGAUUCCGAGGUUCGCUACUUAUGUAAAUUUACUCGAAUAUAUGUUCAUGGUAAUGUCUAGUGAUGAAGCUAAUCUUCAAUGUUCUUUGAAAUCCUGCCUCUUUCUUUACAAAGAUGUGUGUUUGUGGUUUAUCAAAGAAUUCUUUUAUGCUCAAUCUGUAAAUAAACUAAUGUUUGGUAGGAAAAGAAGUAAACAAGUGGAAUUGGAAUCUCAUUAUUUACGUUAAAUUUCCAAUUUGGUUUAUACGAAAUCCUAUAGUUUUCUA